GUAAGGUUAAAGAUGGAAAGAGAACAAUAAUAAAGUGCUUACUAUUACUAUUUUCUACUUUUUUAGAUAUUAUUUGCGUGAGGAAAAGCAACUGUUGGUCUUUUCAGUUUUCAGUAGUACAGUUAUUAUACCAGCAAGGUCAAAGAUUUAAAAUGUUUCGUAAAAAACCAGACACGAAGGAAGUUGUAAGACAACAAAAAAGGGAAUUAAAUAAGACAAAUCGAGAUCUUCAAAGAGAUACGAGACAGUUAGAAAAGCAAGAAAAAGCACUGGAAAUAGAAAUAAAAAAAAUGGCGAAAGCUGGUCAAAGACAAGCUGCCACACAGUUAGCAAAACAGCUAAUUGCAGUUCGUAAACAAAAGGCUCGUGUGUUAUCAACUAGUACUAAAGUAACGGGUGUAGGGCAUCAAAUGACAACAAUGCAAGCCAAUGCCAAGAUGGCUGAAUCAAUGGGAACAGCAACUAAAGCAAUGGGAGUCAUGAAUAAACAAAUGGAUGUUCAGAAAUUGUCAAAAACAUUACAAGAAUUUGAGAAAGAAUCAACAAAAAUGAAUAUGGCUGAGGAAAUGAUGGAUGACUCCUUGGACGAUUUAUUAGGAGAGUCUGGUGAUGAAGAAGAACAAGAUGCUGUUGUUAAUCAAGUUUUAGAUGAAAUUGGCAUUGAAAUAACAGGAAAGCUAGCAGCUGCACCAUCAGCACAAUCAAGUCUACCACAAGCUUCAAAAUCUAAGGGAAUGUCAGAAGAAGAUAAAGAGAUUGAGGACAUGUUAUCUAAACUAACAGCCAGUUGAAUAUUUAUUGUACCUUUUUUUAUGUAACAUAGUUUAAAGUUUAUAUUUCUUUAUAGUGGUAAAUCUAAAACCUUUGGUCCAUUAGUGAAAUAAAAAUACUUCAAUUGAAAUAAUUUUGCAGCUAUAGAUGAGUUGCGAACCAUAUAAGUCAACUUGGCUAUUUACGCUAAUUUCCAGAAUUUUAGAAUAUUAGAUUUAAAAUUUGUUGGAAUUAUUUUUUUCUCAACUGUUAUUUUCUUUGUUUGAAAGCAGACUUUACCAAUUUUUGUGUCAGUGUUUUUUUAAUUAAUAUUUUUGAUUGUUGCAGUCUGUUGUUUAUAUUUAUUGCAUGUGCAUGUUGAUGUUCUUCCCAACUUAUGUAUAAAACUACAGUAUGUACUCCACAACAAAAGCUUAAUGCCAUUAUAUAUGCCAUUAUUAUGUCAUUUUACUAAAAAAAUAAUUUAUAACAUGGUUUUAAUCGCUUUGUGAGAAAUUCAGUACUGGAAUCUCCUAAAUUUAUGAAGUCCUUAACUUUUCAAUAAAAAUGAAAUGAAUAAUGUGUUUCACAAAUCUGUCAAUUUUUUAAUUUAUAAGCAUACACGUAUGUAAAACGUAUCAAUAUGCAGAGAAAAGUAGUAUUAUAUACAUGCCUUUUUAUUAAGGAAAGUUGUAAAGGGGCUUGUGUAUAUUGCUAAACUUUUUAACAAUUUCACAGUUUCAUCAUUUGGAUUUUCUUAAAUUUUUUAUUAAGAUGGAGUUGACUGGAACAAAAAAAGAAAGCAUUCUAAAUUAUAGAUUAAAGGUAGGUUAACUACUGACAACUGGUGCUCCUUAAUUUUUAUUGUAAUUUAAAAUUGUUCUCAAAUUCAAUUUUUCUGACAAGUGUUGCAAUAAAUACUUCUGGAAAAUGAUUUUUUUUUAGUUAAUAUACUAAUUUUUGUGUUAUUUGCAGAUUAUGGACAAACCUGCUCAAUAUAGUCAAAUUAUAUUCCAGCAAAAUGUCUUUAGCAAAAAAUAAUAUUUACAAAAAACCUAAGACAUUUCAAUAACUUGUCAAAUUUCAUUUAUCACCAAAAUUAUGACAAAAGAUAUGUUUAUUUGCAUUAAGAAAAUGCUUUUUUAAAAAAUUAUUUACAUACCAUUUUUACAGCAUUCAUGAAAAUGAUUACCUGCUUUUUUCGAAAUUAUCUAUGUUUUUUUAUUCUUUUUAUCACUUUUCACAAUGCAAUUGUCUUCACAUUUAUAUUAAUCUAUAUAAACAAUUUUUUUUUAAAAAAAAGAAAAAUAACUGGAAAUUUGAUAAUACUUAAUAUUAUGGUUUGAAUUUUUUGCACAAUUUGCAAAUGUAAAUAUUGUAUGAGAAUCAAUCUAUUGAGGAAAUGUUAAAAUUCUGAA